UUUUAAGUUCAACAUAUAUGGCUGAAGCUUUCCUUCAAAUUCUGCGAGAAAAUAUCACUUCUUUCAUCCAAGGGGAACUUGGAUUGCUUCUUGGUUUUCAAAAUGACUUUGAAAAUAUUUCGAGCAGGUUUUCUACAAUCCAAGCGGUUCUUGAAGAUGCUCAGGAGAAGCAACUAAAGGACAAGGCAAUUAAAAACUGGUUACAGAAACUCAAUGCUGCUGCGUAUAAAGUUGAUGACCUAUUGGACGAAUGUAAAAAUGAGGCAGCAAGACUCAAGCAGUCUCGAUUAGGACGUUAUCAUCCAAAGACUAUUGCUUUCCGUCACAAGAUUGGGAAAAUGAUAAAAGAGAUGAUGGAGAAACUAGAUGCAAUUGCUAAGGAAAGAAUGGAUUUUCAUUUGCACGAAAAGAUUAUAGAAAGACAAGUUGCUAGACCGGAAACAGGUUCUGUUUUAACUGAACCACAAGUUUAUGGAAGAGAUAAAGAGGAAGAUGAGAUAGUGAAAAUCCUGAUAAACAAUGUUAGUGAUGCCCAACAACUUUCAGUCCUCCCAAUAGUUGGUAUGGGAGGACUAGGAAAGACGACUCUUGCACAAAUGGUCUUCAAUGAUAAGAGAGUAACUGAGCAUUUCCAUCCCAAAAUAUGGAUUUGUGUCUCGGAAGAUUUUAAUGAGAAGAGGUUGAUAAAGGAAAUUGUAGAAUUUAUUGAAAGAAUGUCACUUGGUGACAUGGGCUUGGCUCCACUUCAAAUGAAGCUUCAAGAGUUACUGAAUGGAAAAAGAUACUUGCUUGUCAUAGAUGAUGUUUGGAAUGAAGAUCAAGAUAAGUGGGCUAAUUUAAGACAAGUCUUGAAGGUUGGAGCAAGUGGUGCUUCUGUUCUAACCACUACUCGUCUCGAAAAGGUUGCAUCAAUUAUGGGAACACUGCAACCAUAUGAAUUGUCAAAUCUGUCCCAAGAAGAUUGUUGGUUGUUGCUCAUGCAACGUGCAUUUGGAUACCAAGAAGAAAUAAAUCCUAACCUUGUGGCUAUCGGAAAGGAGAUUGUGAAAAAAUGUGGUGGUGUGCCUCUAGCAGCCAACACUCUUGGAGGUAUUUUGCGCUUCAAGAGAGAAGAAAGAGAAUGGGAACAUGUGAGAGAUAGCGAGAUUUGGAAUUUACCUCAAGAUGAAAGAUCUAUUCUGUCUGCCCUGAGACUGAGUUAUCAUCAUCUUCCACUUGAUUUGAGACAAUGCUUUGUGUAUUGUGCGGUGUUCCCAAAGGACACCAAAAUGAAAAAAGAAAAGCUAAUUGCUUUCUGGAUGGCACAUGGUUUUCUUUUAUCAAAAAGAAACAUGGAGCUAGAGGAUGUGGGUAAUGAAGUAUGGAAUGAAUUAUACUUGAGGUCUUUCUUCCAAGAGAUUGAAGUUAGAUCUGGUAAAACUUAUUUCAGUAUGCAUGAUCUCAUCCAUGAUAUGGCUACAUCUCUGUUUACAGCUAGCACAUCAGGCAGCAAUAUCCGCGAAAUAAAUGCCAAAGGUUACUCACAUAAGAUGUCCAUUGGUUUUGCUCAAGUGGUGUCUUCUUACCCUCCUUCCCCCUUGAAAAAGUUUAUCUCGUUAAGAGUGCUUAAUCUAAGUAAAUUAGAACUUAAGCAGUUACCGUCUUCCAUUGGAGAUCUAGUACAUUUAAGAUACCUGGACUUGUCUGACAAUGGUAGAAUUCGUAGUCUUCCAGAGCAGUUAUGCAAGCUUCAAAAUCUGCAGACUCUUGAUCUAAACGAUUGCCUGUCACUUUGUUGUUUGCCAAAACAAACAAGUAAACUUGUUAGUCUCCGAAAUCUUUCACUUGAUUACUAUUUAUUGAAAUCUAUGCCACCAAGGAUAGGAUCUUUGACAUGUCUUAAGACUCUAGAUUGCUUUGUAGUGGGCGAGAGGAAAGGUUAUCAACUUGGUGAACUAGGAAGCCUAAAUCUUUAUGGCUCGAUUAAAAUCUUGCAUCUUGAGAGAGUGAAGAAUGAUAAAGAUGCAAAAGAAGCCACUUUAUCUGCAAAAGAGAAUCUGCAUUCUUUAAGCAUGAGUUGGGAUGAACCAUAUAGAUAUGAAUCAGAAGAAGUCAAAGUGCUUGAAGCCCUCAAACCACACCCCAAUCUGAUUUCUUUAACAAUCAGUGGCUUCAGAGGAUUCCGUUUCCCUGGGUGGAUGAAUCACUCAGUUUUGAGAAAUGUUGUCUCUAUUACAAUUAGAGGUUGUAAAAACUGCUCUUGCUUACCACCCUUUGGUGAGCUGCCUUGUCUAGAAAGUCUAAAGUUAUACGGGUCUGCAGAGGUGGAGUAUGUUGAUUCUGGAUUCCCUACAAGAAGAAGGUUUCCAUCUCUGAGAAAACUUAUGAUAGUCCAAUUUGAUAAUCUGAAAGGAUUGCUGAAAAAGGAAGGAGAAGAGCAAUUCCCUGUGCUUGAAGAUAUGAUAAUUCUGUGGUGCCCUGUGUUUGUUAUUCCGACCCUUUCUUCUGUCAAGAAAUUGGUAGUUCAUGGGGAGAAGUCAGAUGCAAUAGGUUUCAGUUCCAUAUCUAAUCUCAGGGCUCUUACUUCCCUCUACAUUCGCAGUAACUAUGAAGCUGCUUCACUCCCAGAAGAGAUGUUCAAAAGCCUUGCAAAUCUCAAAUACUUGGAAAUCUCUUGCUUUAAGAAUCUCAAAGAGCUGCCUACCAGCCUGGCUAGUCUCAAUGCUUUGCAGAGUCUGACAAUUGACCAUUGUGACGCACUAGAGAGUAUCCCCGAGGAAGGAGUGAAAGGCUUAACUUCACUCACAAAGUUAUCUGUCAAGUUCUGCAAGAUGCUAAAAUGUUUACCGGAGGGAUUGCAGCACCUAACAGCUCUCACAGCUUUAACAAUUACUGAAUGUCCAAUAGUGUUAAAGCGGUGUGAGAAGGGAAUAGGAGAAGACUGGCACAAAAUUGCUCACAUUUCUAAUUUCUAUAAGUAA